AUGGCGCCUCUACCCGAAAAGCGCCACAGAGCGCCGACUGACCUUGAGAGUGACGACUACGACUCGAGUGAUGCAGGUCCCAGAAAUCGCCGCGACUCUAGAAAGCGACAGCGAUUGUCAGGCAUAUCUGACGAUGCCGACCUCGCGUUUUCAGAUAUUCAGCAGCAUGAUGUGGAUACGCUGCUCGAUGGCAACGGCGAUACUUCCUUCCUUGACGAAUCAAUGAUCGAUGGAGAAACGGGUGAAUUCGACGUCGAGGAUCUUCUCGGUAACGAAGCAGCCCGUCUUUCUGGACUGAAACGCAUUAUCGAAAAGCGGUUCAAGCGUAGGACGGAUAAUAUGCCCGCGGAGAAUGCGAUCAUUGAGCAGGUCACAUGUAUCAACUUCAUGUGCCACUCAAACCUCACUGUCCCUCUCGGUCCCCUGAUCAACUUCAUCAUCGGCCACAAUGGAAGCGGCAAGAGUGCAGUCAUGACUGCCCUGACCCUCUGUCUUGGUGGUAAGGCCACAUCGACGAACCGUGGCCAAAGUCUCAAAAGCUUCAUCAAGGAAGGAGAAGAGAAGGGCCUACUAGCUGUAAAGAUCAAGAACCAUGGCUCAUCUGCCUUCAAGCCCGAGUUGUACGGUGAAUCCAUCAUCGUCGAGCGCCAUUUCAACAAGAAUGGUGGGAGCAGUUACCAGAUCAAGAACGUCAAUAAGAAGGUUGUUUCUACCAAGAAAUCCGACCUCGAGGAUAUCAUCGAUGCAUUUCAGCUGCAAAUGGACAAUCCCAUGAAUGUGCUUUCGCAGGACAUGGCCCGUCAGUUUCUAAACAACUCAACACCUCUUGAUAAGUACAAGUUUUUCAUCGAAGGUACCCAGAUCGCUUCCUUGGACCGAGACUACCGCAUUCUGGAAGAAUACCUGAAUGAGAUUGAAGCAAAACACGCGAUCAAGCAGCAGGAUGUAGAAGUCCUCAAAAGGAGAGAGCAAGAAGCGAAAGAGAGGAUGCGUGCGGCCGGCAAACAAAAUCAGAUGCGCGCGAAAGCGGCACUCUUGCAACGACAGUACGCUUGGAAACAAGUUGAAGACGAAGAGGAGAAGGUGGAAGGGGCAGAUGGACACAUCGCUGAUGCUCAAGCGGAAAUCGAUCAGAAAACCGAGCAGGUUGAGCAAGCGUCGAACAAAUUCGACCAAGCCGAACGAGAUCUCGAAGAAGCUCAACGAAAAGUGCAGGAGUACGACGAAGAGAAAAUACCGAUUCAAGAAAGGCUUGAAGAAGCGAAGACGGUGUUCAGCAAAGGGAAGGACGAUCUGCAGGAGGUUCUCGCACAACAGCGACAAAUCAAAUCCCUGAUUCAGGGCAACAAAGCGAUCAUUACGAAGAUUGAAAAUGACAUUCAAGAAGAACGGCAACGCCAAGAAGAUGCAAACGGCGGAGAGCAUGGUCGAAGACGCCAGGAAAUCGAUGAAGCCAAAGCCGUGUCCCAAGAGAAAGCGGCAGCAGCUGAAGAACUACGGAGAGCGAUUCCAGACAUGGACCGUGCCCGAUCGGCAGCGCAGGAUCGUCUGAACGAAUACAAGGACACAAUCCAGCAGAAGCGGAACGACGUUCAACAACAAGAGCAACAUAUCAACCAGAUCAGAAGGAACCAGGGAAGUUGGAUGGCGGGAUUUGACAACAACCUUCCAGCUCUUCUACGUGCUAUAGACAACGAGAGCAGAUUUCGCAACAAGCCCGUUGGCCCUAUGGGCCGUCACAUACGUCUUCUGAAGCCGGAAUGGUCCAACAUCUUGGAGAAGACUGCUGGAGUGCAACUCAAUGCCUUUGUUGUUACUAGCAAGCAUGACGAAGGUAUUCUGCGGGAGCUCAUGAACCGAGUCAACUAUCCUCGCGAAUCCGGCAAUGUCACGCCAAUCCUCAUUGGUGAUCCUAGACCACUCGAUACUUCACGAAAUGAACCUGAGCCUCAUCUACUGACAUGGAUGCGAGCUUUGAAGUUCGACAAUGAACUUGUUCGCAACCAACUGAUCAUCAAUAACAUGAUCGAACAGACUGUCCUCAUUGAAGAUUUCGAUGAGGCGUACAGUUUCGCUCUGGGCUCUGGAGGAAACCAACCACGUCCCAAGAAUGUCAAGCAGGUUUUCACCAUCUCUAAAAACAAGCGGAACGGUGUUAGGUUUGGCUGGGCUUCUUCAGGCGCUGGCAUCCAGUCCCCUAUCCAGCCCUUGAAGAACAAAUUACCACGAAUGCAGACGGAAAUUGAAUCUCGCCUUAAUGUGGCUACCGAGGAGCUUCGUCGCUACAAGCUUGACUGCCAGCAGGCUGAGAAUGAAUGGCGUGAGCGAGAAACAGCUUUGACCCGUGCAAACCAAGCCCUCACGAGACAUAACCGAGACUUCAAGGAAGCAAGAAUUGCAGCACAGAGAGCGGAGGAGGAAUGGGAGCGAAUGCACGAUGCUCUUGAGCAGGAAACCCCACAAGCCGGUAGACUUGAAGAACUUGAGCGUCAGCUGGAGGAAGCCAAGGCUACCAAGGAAACAAAUAUGGAAAUGGCCCGGGACGCUGCCUCCGCUCGUGAGAGGAUCGAUGCGGCACAGCGUGAGAGGAGAGAUCAGCAAUCUGAAAUCGAGCGGGAGCUUUCCGAGGUCAACGCAAAAUUCAGCAAAGCUCAGAUUCGGGUCAACAGGAUCCAAACGAAUCGAGAUAACGCCCUGCACGAGAAGAACGAGGCGUGCGAGUCUCUGGAGGUUGCUCGUGAGCAGAUGAAUUCUUACCAACGGCAGCGCGAGGCAUUGUUACAAGACAUUGCUGCCAUGGCAGUGGAGGCUGAGAAAGUUGGCGAAAGGCCGCACAUUCCGCCGGGAGAAACCGUUGAUAGCCUGGGAAGGAAAUACGAAAGGCUACAGAACGAGAUCCAAACCCAGAACCAGAGACUCGGGGGGUCAGAAGAAGAACUGAGAGAGAAAUACUUUGAAGCUGUUGCGGCACACAAGAUCGCCAAGAAAGAUGUACAUGACAUGGAAGGCGCGCAACGGGUCUUGAAGAGCACUCUGGCGAAUCGCAAGGCUCGACUGGUCAUCUUCAAACGAACGAUAGCCGACCGCUCGAGAAUCACCUUCACAUAUCUCCUUGCCGCUCGAAAGUUCCGAGGCGAUCUGCGGAUCGAUCAUAAAGCCAAGGAGCUCGACCUCGCUGUCGAACCUGACAUUACAAAGGUUGGCGCUGAGGGACGCCAGACGAGGACGCUGUCCGGUGGAGAAAAAUCAUUCUCCACCGUGUGCCUUCUUUUGUCACUCUGGGAUGCAAUGGGAGCGCCUACACGUUGCUUGGACGAGUUCGACGUGUUCAUGGACAGCGUCAACCGCGAGAUCUCCAUGAAGAUGAUCAUAGAUGCUUGCCGCAGUUCUGCCAUGCGCCAGUUCAUAUUCAUCACUCCGCAGGCAAUGGGCAACGUGUCGCUAGGCCCGGACGUCAAGAUCAUCAAGAUGAGCGACCCAGAACGUCACCAAACAACAUUACAGUUCUGA